AUGGGUUUAAGUGAGGAACAGCUCCAGCCGUUUAAUGGAACCCUCUCAGGCUUUACGGGCGAAAGAGUUCACGUACGGGGAUACGUCACUUUAAAAACAGUUUUUGGCACUGGAGACCAACAAAAAUCAAUUAAGGUAAGGUACUUGGUAAUAAACUCGCCCAGCUCCUACAAUGUGAUCAUUGGUCGUCCCUCUAUCAACCUUCUGGACGCCUUCGUAUCCACAAAACAUUUGUUGAUGAAGUAUCCGCUCGACAACGGGCGAGUAGGAAUGGUGCAUGGCGACCAAAAGGUAGCACGCGAAUGUUAUCACGCCAGCCUCAGACUUAAAAAGCGCAAGGAGUUCGAAGUCCAGGUUAUUGACCUCGAUCCCCGUGAGGAUUUUCCCCAAGAAAGGAUAGAACCUAUCGAAGAAGUAAAAGAUGUUGUUAUUGGUCCUUUGCCUCACCAAAUCACAAAGAUUGGGACAUCCCUUAGUGGGUCAGAGGAAGAAAUCCUGGUUCAGCUUUUAAGAGAAAAUGUUGAUUUGUUCGCUUGGGCGCCUUCGGACAUGCCCGGAAUAGAUAUUGGGGUGGCCUGUCAUCAUCUGGCGGUCAGGACAUCUGUCAAACCAGUGGUUCAAAGGAAACGCAAGAUGGGAGAAGAAAAAAGAAAGGCAGUGGAUGAAGAGGUCAAAAAGUUACAGGAAGCACACUUCAUUUGUGAGAUAAAAUAUCCCACCUGGCUCGCCAACACUGUCCUCGUGAAGAAAGCAUCAGGAAAGUGGAGAAUGUGUGUCGAUUAUACGGACCUUAAUAUGGCUUGUCCAAAGGAUCCGUAUCCUCUCCCAAGCAUUGAUCACCUGAUAGAUAACGCGUCCGGCUAUAAAACCCUGAGUUUCAUGGAUGCAUAUUCUGGUUACAAUCAGAUUAAAAUGGACCCGUUAGAUGCUCCCAAAACCGCCUUCAUGACUAAUCAGAAAAACUAUCACUACCGGGUUAUGUCUUUUGGUCUAUGA